AUGAAACACCAAAUGAAGAGUCCAUCAAAUGAUCGACAAAUGAGACAAAGAUAUGAAACACAAGAAGUGAAUCAAAGUAUUGAUGACAACAGCGAUGGCGUGAAUGAAGACAUGUUUGUCAAUACGUAUGACAGCAAUGGUCUGGAGUUGGGAUCAGUUAUCAGAGAAGAACCGGAAGAUAAUUGUGUGAAUAUAAACAUCAGUUCAAUGAUUAACGAAAUGUAUUCACUAUUGAACAGCACUUCAAAGCCAUCGACAGCUCAAUCAUCACAAGAGAUGGUAAACAAAGACAUUAAAGGGAAGAGUAGUGAAGAAUCAAAUGAACAACAUAUGAGAACCACACAAGAAGUGAUGCCAACAAUGUAUGACACAAUUCAAUGCUCUGAAGGCGUGUCUGUGUUUCGAUGUCUUGUCAGCGAUUGUCUGAUGAUAUUUACCACAGAAGAGUGUUUGCAUAAACACUUGGAUUUACAUACGACUGAUCCGACCAUUGAGUGCGGAACCGAUGGCUGUAUUGAUAUGUUUCACACGAGAAACCAAUUGAACAGACAUUGGCUAAAGACUCAUAGCAUGAAUGCGAGUGAUUGUAAGUAUUUAAGUGAUAAUCAGAUGACAGACUCGACGGAUAAAGUGUUGAGAUGUGAUGUCAAUGGAUGUGAUUAUCACACCUGUAAUGAAAGUAUUUUCAAAGAUCACGUGAUUCGACACAAAAAUGUUUUCCCAACUGAGGAUACGUUGAAGAGUCCAUCAAAUGAUCAACAAAACAGACCAUUAGUUCAUAAACUAGAAGUGAAUCAAAAAAAAAUACAGAAAUUAUUGAACAGCACUUCAAAGCCAUCGACAUCUCAAUCAUCACAAGAGAUGGUAAACAUUGACUUGACUGAAGAGAGUAGUGGACAUCACAUUACCACUGGAUUUGAAGACCAAAUGAAGAGUCCAUCAAAUGAUCAACAAAUGAGACAAAGAUAUGAAACACAAGAAGUGAAUCAAAGUAUUGAUGACAACAAUCACGUGAAUGAGCACAUGUUUGCCAUCAAUGGUCUUGAAUUGGGAACAGUUAUCAAAGAAGAACCCGAAGAUUACUCUAUGGAACCGAUUAAUACACAACUCAUUAAUAAAUCCUCAAUAGGUUUAAUGAAUACAGAAAUGCAAACACAAGUGAACAGCACUUCAAAGCCAUUGACAUCUCAAUUAUUACAAGACCUGAUAAACCAAGACAUGAAUCGAAAUCGUAUUGAAUCGAUGGAAAUGCUAUCAAAUGAAUUGAUGUCUAAAUUCUUGCGACAAAAUAAAUCCGAAAGAAAGAAAUGCUUUGAUUUGUUGACAAAAACAUUUAUUUGUCCCAUAAAUAAGUGCCACAAGAGUUAUGAGACAGAUUUCUGCUUUACAAAGCAUUUGUUAAAAGUUCACGCCUCAAGACAUUACGUGUGCACUCAUGAGGGCUGUGGUAAAGUCAUAACAGAUAGAGUUAACACAUGUCCUGUCAGUGACUGUCAGACACACUCGAGCCGACGGUUUAGUUGUGGUGUUAAUGACUGUCCGAUGAUAUUUACCACAAGAACUCAAUUGCGUGAACACUGGAAACUACAUGAGACGGAGCCGACCAUUGGGUGCGGAACCGAUGGCUGUAUUGAUAUGUUUUACACUGAAAGUCAGCGAUACAGACAUCAGAUACAGAUUCAUAAGAUUAGAGAUGAUAAUCAAGACGUGAAUCAAAGUAUUGAUGACAAUAACGCUCAGAACCGAAGGCCUAAUCAUUCAGACCGGAAAUAUGUGUGCACUCAUGAAGGCUGUGGUAAAGCAUUAACAAGAAAACACGAUUUAAAAAGACAUCAAUUGACUCACAAAACAGUCAAAUCAUUUCAUUGUCCACACAAUGGGUGUCAAUACAAAGCCAUAAGUGAUCGCUAUUUGAAAGAACAUCUGAAGACACACUCAACAGACAGAACAGAUGGAGUGAAUAUAUGUCCUGUCAGUGACUGUCAGAUGGCAUUUAAGGCGAAGAAUGAGUUGAAUGUCCGCCGUUUGACACACGGGUCCGGACCGGCCAUCAAGUGUGGGACCAAAGGCUGUAAUGAAAUGUUUUAUACGUUUUCCCAACGCCUGAGACAUCGGGUGUCGGUUCACAACCGACGGACGCAUAGCUAUCGCAGAGGAAAACAAUGGUUUGAAUGGAAGGGGAAAACAGAGACACAAGAAGUGAUGCAAACAAUGGAUGACAACAAUACACACAAUAAUUUAAUUAAUACAGGAAUGGAAACACAAGUGAACACCACUUCAAAGUCAUCGAUAUCUCAAUCAUCACUAGAGAUGACUAAUGAAGACAUGUCUAGAAUGAGUGGUGAGAAACAAUCGUAUCAAAGUCUCAGUGAAGGCGGUUUCAAAUUUCAUAUGAAGAAACACUCCGUAGAUAUAGUCUAUACGUGUGGUGUCGACGACUGUCCCGUAGUGUUCAAGACAUACUAUGCUAUGCAUUCACAUCAACGCACACAACACGGGUCCGUACAGACCGGUCACUACCCGACCGACCAAUCAGUCCAUCAAUCCUGUAAUCAAGGGUUGAAUGAAGACAUAAUUGACAAAUCGUAUGACAGCAAUGGUCUGGAAUUGGGAUCAAUGCAGAGGUCAGUUGAUAAUUGUGUGGAACCAAUGAAUACAGACAUGAGUUCAACGACUAAUGAAAUGCAGACACAUGUGAACAGCACUUCAAAGCCAUCGACUUCUCAAUCAUCACAAGAUAUUGUGAACAUAGACUUGAAUGAAGAGAGUAGUGAAGACUCGAUGCAAAUGACAUCAAAUCAAAUGAUGUCUCAAUUGUUGCGACAAAAUAAGACCCACAGAUGUAAAUACUUUGAUAGGACUCUCAAAACAUUCAUUUGUCCCAUAAAUAAGUGCCACAAAAGUUUUCUAACGGACGCAUACUUUACGGCACAUUUGAGAAAUACUCAUAUUUAA